ACACAUCAAGUGUUUCCACAUCUAUUCCUACUGAAUCAUCCUCAGUAUCUCUACAAUCAACAAAUACCAUACCAACCUCCACGUCUACAAAUCCACCAAGUAUAUCAGUACCAACAGGUACAUCAAGUGUUUCUACAUCGACUUCUACAGAAUCAUCUUCAGUAUCUGUACAAUCAACAACUACAACACCAACCUCCACAUCCUCAAAUCCACCAACAAGUACAUCAGAACCAACAGGAACAUCAAGUGUUUCAACAACUGCUCCGACUGAAUCAUCUUCAACAUCUGUACCAUCAACAACUACAAUAACAACCUCCAUAUCCACAACUCCACCAGCUGAUACAUCAGAACCAACAAGUACACAGACCUCUACUACGCCAAUAACAGGUACAUCAAGUGUUUCUACAUCUACUCCUACUGAAUCAUCGACAGUAUCUGUACAAUCAACAACUACAACACCAACCUCCACAUCCACAUUUCCAACAACAAGUACAUCAGAACCAACAGGAAUAUCAAGUGUUUCAACAACUGGUCCAACUGAAUCAUCUUCAACAUCUGUCCCAUCAACAACUACAAUAACAACCUCCACAUCCACCACUCCACCAGCAGAUACAUCAGAACCAACAAGUACACAGACCUCCACUUUGCCAAUAACAG